AAGAAACAAGAGAGUGAGAGAGAGAGAGAGAGAGAUGCAGAGUAUUCUAUUCCCCCAUGUCACAAAUGCAAUAAUACAAUUCAGAAAAUGCACAAAGAGAAGGGUCCCAAAGUAACCUGCUAUUGCAGUAUUGCUGGUCAGCAUCAAACUCCUCUCUCAGCCUUAUUCAAAUUUGAUCUGCCAAAUCAUCACCUUAAAUCAAACAAAAAGAAAACCCACCCACUGAAAACCCCAACAAACCUAACCAAGAAGCAUCUCAAUUCUCUGCCCUUCAAGAAUUCAUUCCCCUUCCAUCUUUCAUACCACAAGAAGCCUACUUUUCUUUCACAACUUGAAAACCCAUUUGCAAGGGAACCAAAAACCUUAACUUAUCCUCACCUGUGAUCCAUGGUUUUUGUUUUCCUUUGAAAAUGGUUCAAAGAAAGGCUCCCAACAAGCUUGGAAUCCAAGCAGCUGAUCAUGUUAUAUCCGAGACUAAGUGGUUGGGAAACCUUGAACCAAAUUCUAGUCGGCACCGAGAUGGCAAGAGUAGAGGACCUGAUAUGAAGAAGAAAAUGAAGAAGUCGAGAUCAAUCAAGGUUACAGAUGCUGAGAGUCUACAAUCACCACCUAUGAGGAAAACCAUAUCUCAGCCUGGAAAGCCACCUCCUCUCAAUGCUCCAGGAACACCAGCAACCCCACAGAAGCAGCCUGUUAGCAUGACAACUGAUGGAUCGCCGAAUUAUAUGAAGUCCACUAGCAGUUCAACGGCAAGAAAGGAGCGUUCACAGGUGAGUUCAAAAACUUCUCCGGCUGCUUCACAUACUAAGAACAUGUGCAGAAGGAGCUCGAAUGGUUCGAGAGUUAGCUCAGAUUCUGGUGGUAAACCAGUAAGAACUUUAGCAAGGUCAUCUAGUUUGAAGCGGGUGAGAACAUUAAGAAAGACUCCUAGUUUUAAGCCAAUCAGAGCGACAGUGAAAAAGAGUUGCAGAGUUGCUCCUUCUACAGAUAUUGACGUACAAAGAUCUACCUGUUCUUCAACUCUGAAGGACUCAAAGUUCCCUGCUCAUCUGAUGCUAAACCCUGGGGGAACUGAGGCUGAAGGAAUUUCGGCCAUGAAGGUUUGCCCGUACACUUAUUGUUCUCUUAAUGGUCAUCACAAAUCUCCUUUGCUGCCAUUAAAGUGCUUCUUGAAGGCACGGAGGCGUUCUUUGAAGAUCCAAAAGAACAUGAAUUUGAAAGUUCUGUCACCACGCAGAGCUAAGCCACAUGACGAUGAACAUAUGAUACUUGAUGUCAAGACAGGACAUGAUGCAGUGGAUUUGAGUGGUCCAGGUCCAGCAAUCUCUCCUGUGAUACAAGAAGUCGGAACAGACUUCUUUAUUGAAGUCUAUGUCAAAAAUAAGGAAGACGAGAAAGAAACGACUAAAACAUGCUCACCGGAGAACAGAGAGGGAACAGCAGACUUUGCCGGAGAACUCCACGACCAAAUUUUUUCGUUAGUGGGAUGUGAUGAUAGUAGAGCAGUUGAAGAGGACUGCGACAAAGAAGCUGCAAAGAGACUUUCUGAUGGAUCACCAUACUCUGAGAUUGACUUUGACAUGAAUCAGGAAAAGUACGGUGAUAUUGUACCAUUAGGGAUGGAUACCGUUAAGUAUUUUCCUGAAGAAACGAAUGUCGACAACACGACCAACAAAUUCUCCGGAGCAACAACAGGAAUUUGCAAUGAGAAUGACUUCAUACAAGAAUGUGAUGCAGCCAAUGAGGAGGAUGAAUCCAAUUCUGGGAUUACCGAAAUGGAGUGGGAGGAGGGGCAAUACUCCAUUUUAGAGCUUGUUACUGAAGCUAACCAUGCAGUCCAAAUAUACGAUGAAGCUGCUGCAAAUGUUCAGACUGGAUCAGAAGUUAAGCACCAUGACUUCCAUGAAGAUCCUGUAAUGAGAUCAGGUCACACUGUCGGUAACUCCAGUGAGGACAUGCAGGCUGAAGAAAUACCUCAAGAUCUUUUCGAAGAACAAAGUACAUCCUUUGACAUGCAAUCUGAUUACAGUGAUUAUGAAUCAGACGGAGUACUCCAAAAUUGGGAGAAUCUCGAAUUCGAUGGGGGGUGUAAUGGAAUGGUCCAAGAAGUUUCUCCCACUGAAGAAGCAUGCGAGGGAACAACUAUCAUGGAGGAGGAAGAAGAAGAAGUUGAAACAGAUCUGAUUGACACUAUGGUCAACUCUAUAGAAGAGCCAAUUAUGGAACCAAUAAUUGAAACAGCAGAGGUUCUGGAAAAUGGAAUUCCUGGAACUGAAGAUGAGAUUCUUGAUAGCAGCUGUAUUACUAAAGUGACAACUGAAGGUUCAUACGAGCAUCAUGAAAAUGAAACUUCCCAAGAUAAUGAUGGCAUCACAUGCCUUCAGAACCAAACCUUCAAUUCUUCAGAGAAUUGCAAUAAAAUAGAUCCAAAUGUCAAAAACAGCAUGCCCAAUUCACAGCAGGAAGUCCCUCGGAUAGAAGACAAGGAACAAACUGCUGGCUCAAAAUCACUUGUUGACACUGAAAUUUCAUCCCACGGUUCACUUGAGGCUGACCAAGACAAGCUGGAAAAAGAGAAGAACCAAAACCAAGAGCUGGUCGAAAGUAGGCGGCUUGAUGACAUUGCUGAGGUGUGUAUCUUAAUUCAGGAUACAGUUGAUGCAAGUCUUGAAACUAAGUCAGAUGGUCAGCACAAGAUCUCUGAUCCUGACAUCACUGUCCCCUUGGAGGAAGAUCAAGGUGAAGCACAGACCAAAAACUCAAGUUCUGUGCAAUAUAACGAACAGAGUAAAUCAGGAAUGAAAGCAUCUUUAGCUGAAAACAGCAUUGGAAGAGUUGACAAACUGGUGGAAGAAAGUACAAAUUUAACCAUGGCAGAAAUACAAAUCACGGCCAAUUCUAUAACUAGUGCAAAAUCAGGGAGCACAUUCAGGUACAUAAGAAGCAAUCACAGCCAGAACCAGCCCAAUACCUGCAGCAGUGAGAAAUGGACAAUUAGAUGCAAGGGACAUAUUGAGGACACAGAGGAACAGAAGAAGUUCAAUCCCAGAGAACCAAAUUUCUUGCCUGAGGUUCCUGAGCCAGAAGGAGAGAAGGUUGAUCUUAGACAUCAAAUGAUGGAUGACAGGAGAAAUGCUGAAGACUAUCUGCUUGAUUAUGCACUUCAACAAGCUGUCACCAAGCUAGCUCCAGCCAGGAAAAAGAAGGUGGCACUACUUGUUGAAGCUUUUGAAACAGUCAAACCAGUAGCCAAAUGGGAAACUCCAAUGAGGCGUGCACCAGCAGGUUUUGCUCAUACAAGAAGCAUUCAAGCAUGUAGUUGAAGGUGUUUUAUUGAGGUUAUCAUCAAGAGACAGCAGUUAUGAUAUGUUGAAGUUAUAAUGAGAACCAGUGAAUUAUUCGUUAUCAUUGUCUCAAGGCCCAUCCUUAGGGGAACAAACUACUGGAUUUAUAGGCAACUAACUUGUUCCCUGACAAAGCAGCAUGUGUAAUAGCUCUAUCAUAUUUCAACUCAAGACCUAGACUGUGUAAGUGAAGUGCAAAUGAAGAGACUCGGCACAGUAUUUGUAACAAUGGUGCUGCAUGUGUCAUGUUCUUUACUGAAAUGAAAAUGGUCUAUCCUUUGUUGUUUAGGAGGCACCCUACCUCCAAAUGUUAGAGACAUAUAAUGUCUUUCUUAUACAAUGUUGUAAUAAUAAUUAUCUGACCAAUCACUAUUUUUAA